AUGUUUGACAUAUCAAAAUUAUUAGAUGAAGAAUUUUUGGAUGUUUUACCUAAAUAUCCUCAUGAAUUUAUUUCUAAUGCAAAAUGUCCAAGAGCUCCUAAAAAACAAAUAAAUUUAUCAUUAAAUGAAAAAAAAUUAGCAAUUCGUAAUAUUUUACGUUAUAUUCCUUCAAAAUAUCAUCAUAAAUUAGCAAUUGAAUUUUCUCAAGAACUUGAAGAUUAUGGACAUAUAUAUGCAUAUCGUUUUAUGCCACCUUAUUUUUUAAAAGCACCUAAAAUUGAAAAUAUUCCAAUUAAAAAUGUAGAAGCAGCAUCAAUUAUUUUAAUGAUAUUAAAUAAUUUAGAUCCUGAUGUUGCUCAAUAUCCAAUGGAAUUAAUUACUUAUGGUGGUAAUGGGCAAGUUUUUUCAAAUUGGAUACAAUUUAGAUUAACAUUAAAAUAUUUAAAAAUAGUUAAUUAUAAGCAAACAUUAUCAUUAUAUUCUGGACAUCCAAUGGGAAUAUUUCCAAGUCAUGAAAAAGCACCUAAACUUGUUAUUACUAAUGGAAUGAUGAUACCAAAUUACUCAACAAAAGAGUUAUAUGAAAAAUAUUUUGCUCUUGGUGUAACACAAUAUGGGCAAAUGACUGCUGGAAGUUUUUGUUAUAUUGGUCCACAAGGUAUUGUUCAUGGGACAACAAUAACAAUAUUAAAUGCUGGUAGAAGAUACCUUUCAUCAAAUGAUUUAAGUGGUAAAGUUUUUGUAACAUCAGGUCUUGGUGGUAUGAGUGGAGCACAAGCUAAAGCUGCUGUUAUAUCUGGAUGUAUUGGUGUUAUAGCAGAAAUAAAUCCAUUAGCAUUAAAAAAAAGACAUGCACAAGGAUGGUUAGAUAUAUAUAGUGAAAAUGUUGAAGAUAUUAUUAAUUGGAUAAAAGAAUAUAAAAAAAAUAAAAAAGCAAUUAGUAUUGGUUAUUUGGGUAAUAUUGUUGAUUUAUGGGAAAGAUUAUGUGAUGAAAAAGAAAAUUUGGUUGAAUUAGGAUCAGAUCAAACAUCAUGCCAUAAUCCAUUUUAUGGUGGAUAUUAUCCAGUAGGACUAACAUUAGAAGAAUCAAAUAAAUUAAUAUCUACUGAUAAUAAUAAAUUUAAAGAUUAUGUUAAAAAAAGUUUAAUAAGACAUAUAAAUGCUGUUAAAAAAUUAUCAAAACGUGGAAUGUCAUUUUGGGAUUAUGGUAAUGCACUCCUUAUUGAAUGUCAACGUGCUGGUGCUGAUGUCCUUGAUCAUAAUAGUGAAGAUGGUAAAACAUUUAUUUUUCCAUCAUAUAUGCAAGAUAUUAUGGGAGAUAUUUUUUCAAUGGGUUUUGGUCCAUUUCGUUGGGUUUGUACAUCAGGAUUAGAUAGUGAUUUACAAAAAACUGAUAAAAUAGCACAAAAUGUUUUAAAUGAUAUUAUGAGUAAAAAAAAAUUACCAAAUAAUGUUAUUCGCCAAUAUCAAGAUAAUAUAAAAUGGAUAGAAAAUGCUGGUAGACAUAAUUUAGUUGUUGGUUCUAAAGCACGUAUUCUUUAUGCUGAUCAAGAAGGUAGAACAGAAAUAGCAAUUGCUUUUAAUAAUGCUAUUAAAGAUGGUACAAUUAAAGGACCAAUUGUUUUAAGUAGAGAUCAUCAUGAUGUUAGUGGAACAGAUUCACCAUUUAGAGAAACAUCCAAUAUAACUGAUGGAUCUGCUUAUACAGCAGAUAUGGCAAUACAAAAUGUUAUUGGUGAUGCUAUGCGUGGUGCAUCAUGGGUUUCUAUUCAUAAUGGUGGUGGUGUUGGAUGGGGUGACGUUAUAAAUGGUGGAUUUGGUCUUGUAUUAAAUGGUACUGAUGAAGCUAAAGAAAGAGCUAAACUUAUGUUAUUUUGGGAUGUAUCAAAUGGUGUUGCAAGAAGAUCAUGGUCUGGAAAUAAUUAUGCUAAAGAAACAAUAGAAAGAACUAUGAAAAAUAAUUAUAAUUUAAUUGUUACUAUUCCAAAUAAUAUUGAAGAUGAAACAAUUUUAAAUAAUCUUUUUAACUAA